CAGGCGGUCCGGGCCUUGACCUCGUUCUUCCGCGAGCCCGCGCGGGCGCCCCUCGGACAGGAGCGCCGGCCCGCCCCCGGUGACCGAUGCCCAGGCUGGACGACCACUGCUGGAGCUGUUCCUGUGCCCAGGGCGCCAGGCACCGAGGCCUCCCUGGAGCCGGGGCCGGAGGGCUGGCGGCCAAAGUGGGAGACAUGCUCAGCCCCGCCGCGCUGGCGGCCCGCCGCGGCCCGGACCCCGACUCCGCGCCCGCCCGUGGGCCUCGCAGCCCCGGGGCGGGGGGUCGCGGCGCCAGCGGCGGCCCCCCCGGCAGCUGGCACCACCACCUGGUGCAGCGAAGCCUGGUGCUGUUCUCGGUGGGGGUCGUGCUGGCCCUGGUGCUCAACCUGCUGCAGGUGCAGCGGAACGUCACCCUGUUCCCCGAGGAGGUCAUCGCCACCAUCUUCUCGUCGGCCUGGUGGGUCCCCCCGUGCUGCGGGACGGCGGCCGCUGUUGUGGGCUUGCUGUACCCCUGCAUUGACAGUCACCUCGGGGAGCCGCACAAGUUUAAGCGGGAGUGGGCCAGCGUGAUGCGCUGUGUGGCCGUGUUUGUUGGCAUCAACCACGCCAGUGCUAAAUUGGAUUUUGCCAAUAAUGUCCAGCUCUCCUUGACAUUAGCAGCCCUGUCUUUGGGCCUUUGGUGGACAUUUGACCGUUCGAGAAGUGGCCUCGGGCUUGGGAUCACCAUCGCCUUCCUGGCCACUCUGAUCACUCAGCUGCUGGUGUACAAUGGUGUCUAUCAGUACACAUCCCCGGAUUUUCUCUACAUCCGCUCCUGGCUGCCGUGUAUCUUCUUCUCGGGAGGUGUCACCGUGGGCAACAUAGGCCGGCAGCUGGCUAUGGGGGUUCCUGAAAAGCCACAUAGCGACUGAGUCUUCUAACCCACCGGAGAAGAGCCAAGAUUUGGGAAGAAAGUCUGUGACGUUGGAUUGUGACAAAGAUUAUCUUUUUUCUCAGUGAUCCAUUUAGAUUGGGCUGACUGUACCAGUGACUCCCGGAAAAAUAACUCACCUGUCUUAGAAUAGCGAGUGGGGAAGAACUGCUUCUCUCGAAAUGGUACCUUGCUUGCCGCGUCCAUGCCCGUGUCCGCUCUGGAGACGUGACCCCAGGCGGGUGCGGGAGUGCCGGCAGGCACGGCUUCCCGAGUAUUCGAUCUCAUUUACGUUAUUAAAAGCAAGUUGCCGUAUUUCAUAGCCUUGAACUAAAGCCUGAUUACCAGCUGUUGCUUUUGUGUCGGUGCCCACGGGGGAUAGCUUGAUGGUGCUUAACAAAGGUGAAGUGUGGAAAAAUAGGAAUAAUAUUUAUCCAAAAGAUUUUUUAAAAAUAGGGCUGUGUAAAAAGAGAAGUGGCGGUGAGCGCAGGGAGGCCGCUCGUGUGCGGCCGCGGUGCUGAGACGCUUCACGCUCACGUGCGACACGUGUGUACCACAGCGCACAGCCGUGCUCUCCUUCCUCCCGCGGAGUUUUGUGCAGACAAUCUUACCAAGCACAGAGGGCAGUGAAGGCCGUAGGCCACACUGUGACGUUCUGGAAUUCCCACCUCGAUACUUGAGAAGUUUCAUCCAAAAUCCGUGAUCCUCUGAGGGCGUCCCGUCUGCCGUGUAUCUCAGUCCUAGUGAGCCAGAGUCCUGUGUGGUUUCCUCCAUCCUCCAGAACAGACGUGGCGAUUCUCCCACAGCCCUAUGGAAUCUGCAAUCUGUGAUUGCCUUGUAAACGACGCGUGCACACGCCGCCACAUGGAACAUUGGGUGUCUCUAAAUACUCAAAGAUAUUGGUGAGCACAAUGUAUUCACUGAAUGGCAUAGACCAUCCUAGACCCACUUUGCAAGGAUUGGGUCUCAAACGUCAAGUGCAAUGUAUAUGAAAACCAAUCUGAGCCUUGUAUUCUCUUAAAUAUUUAUUUUUUUUUAACGUGUGAGAGGUUAAAGAGGGUUCUCCAUUCAUUUCAGUGCUGCAUGGAGGCAGAAUUCAGCAAUAAUUUCUUUCAGUUAUGAAGUUACUCUGUUGUGCCCUCCACUGAGCCCUGGUCCUUUGAAAUACUCCAGUUGUGUGGGUUUAGUAGACUUGUCAUUUUUACUUACAAAUUUACCUUUUUGUACUUUGCAAUUUAAAUGUUUUUGUUUUAAAUUCUGUGAAAGUGACUUCAUUACGAGACUCCUUUUGACUAGAAACGGGCGAUGGGCAGGACGGGGGUCGGAGGGCCUGGUGGCUGCGGCUACAGACAUGCGCCCUCGGUUCCGCUCGCGCGGUGAUCUCGUUGCAGUUAUUUGGUUUUGUUCUGAGAAAAAUACCUUGGAGUAAAUUGUAGGUGACUGUGUAGCUGAUCUGUUUUAGAGGAAUUUUGUGUAAAAGAAAACGGGAUCAUUUCGAACUUCACACUGACCCCUUAUGUGUUUUCUGAAAGUGAAGAUGGAUGAUCAGCUGCGUGAAAAGAUUUUUCAAGGAAGAGGUCAGCAUUUUAUGAAAAACCAGAAGUUAUUAGGUGAAAGAAGUAAUUGAAUCUUUAAAAUAUACUUGAUCAUGUACAAACAGUAAGUAUUUUUUUCUCUGAAACUGGAAGUAAAACUAUAUCUGUUAGAAAUAAUGUAGCCAAAAAAUGUGAAUCUGAAGAAUUUUUUUGCCAAUACUUUAUAGCAAGUAUAUGAACCAAAGUGAUUUGCGUUUGUAAAAAUGUAAGAUAUUAUGAACAAAAUUUGCACUAUACCGGAUACAAACAUCUAGUGAGAUUCACAUUCAUACUAAGUUUUCAGCACUGUGUUCUUUUUGCAUUCAUUUUUUACUUUUAUUAAAGGUUCAAAACCAA